AUGACUGUUGGUAAACAAGAAAAAACUUUAAUACAAGAGGAUUUGAUGCUACCAAUAUAUUCAACUGAUAUGGGAGCUUAUCAAUUCGAUACAUUUGAGAAUCCUGGUGGAACACCACCAUAUUUUCUUUUGUUCAUCAAUGUAAACAGUAGAAAAGGUUAUGCGUUCCCAAUGAGUGAAAAGAACUCAAACAAUGUUCUAAGUGCAAUGCAGAAGUUCAUUUCACAAGCUACAGGUGAAAUGAAGCCUACAAUACUUACUAGUGAUGAAGACCCAGCUUAUACGACACAAAAUGUUCGAGAUCUGUUGGUCAGUCAUAACAUUGAGCACAUGACGACACAGAAAUACAAUCAUAACAUACUAGGUAUUAUUAAUAGGUUCUGUAGAACUAUUAGAACUAUGUUACAUAUGA